AUGGCAGACGUUGCAUCUCUUCGUGCAGAAAUUAAAGCUUGGGAACGCGAUUUCAAUUCAAAGUUCUCCAGAGAUCCUUCUGUGAAGGAUAUCAAAGAUCAGCCUGCUGUAGCUGACAAGUACAAGUUAUACAAGAAACUAUCAAAAGCAGCAGCAGCAGCUACCUGCCUCUCUCAGACGCGUCCUUCCUCCUCCCAGACACCUACCACCCCACCAAGACCUACCAGUCGCUCCCGCAUCAUUUCCAAGCCGCGCGAAAUCGAACUCGUCGGCCCUCUUCCAGGUUUUAAUCCGUUCUCACCAGUAAAGAACAAGAACAAAGUCAAACAGAGGAAUACCCCCCCUGCAUCUUCAUUUUCAACUCGAAAGGCGCCUUUACCAAAUCCUUUCGCAACUCCGUCCAAGAAUACACCAAAGCGUUCCUCCCGGAGCGAAUCUCCUGAUAAUUUCCCAGAAGUACAGCCACAUUCAUCAAUCGGUACAUCCCUCAGUUCCCAAUUACCUCCUGCGCCGAACACGGCAGUCUCGCGUGCACGAAAGAGACUUCGUGGCGAACCCGUAUCGCCCUCCCCCAAUAAGCAGAAGCGUCAACGUAUCGGUUCUCACUCAGCUUUACCCUUUCAAUUAUCACAAUCUUUGUCUAGUGAUGAUGAAGUUGAUUGGGAAAUGGGUGGCCCGGAUGUCAAUACCUCUUUCGUGGACGAUUCUCCGGUAAAACUACCCGCGGGCGGCAAGUCAUUCAGGCUUCUCUUUGAAGACACACUACCAACUGCAAGUAUACCUAAGAGGCCUACAAACGCUUCCAAGUCACAGUCACGAGGCUCGGAUGAUGCUGUAAUCUUCCAUGGGGCCGGUUCGAACGAUGCCACGAGUCUCGAAGCAUCUCCGACCAAUAUCCACUCAAAGACCCACAAGGACAAGCAGAAUGCAAAGACAGAUAUAAAACUUACUCUGACGUCAAAACCCAUUAAGACAGACGAGUUUUCCACUGCUGAAGGCCGGGUAAACCAGUCGAGAUCUACACUAGCACGGACAAUUGCUGUGGAUAAACGAGCGCGCGGCAAGCCCCAGGAACAAAAGUCAUCACUCAAGCGUGUCUUGGAGGCCGUGUCAGUGAAUGAUGGACUGACAUCAGCUUCUUCUUCACAGUUUUCCUUACUUCCGCCAUCUCCCAGUUCUGACCAUGCCUCUUCCAAUCAACGCGUCCCAGCAAACGGAAAGGGAAAAGCUGGAGCGAGUCGAAAAAAGGCCAAGGUUGUCGAUGAAGAGGAUGAAGAGGAAGAGGAUUUAGACGAAGUCGCUGUUAAAGUCAUCAAUCGGGGUCAAGCAGCACAGCAAGUGUCGGAAAAUGCUGACGAGCUUGACUGGGAUCCAAUAUUACAUAGCGGUACCCGUAACCGCGAUCAAUAUGCCGCGGCUGGCGACACGAGUCGUGACGAAAAGGGAACGUUUCGUGUUGAUUUACCUGACAAGCUUCGCCUCAUGUUGGCUAUUUCACCAUCAAGAACCCACAACAGCAAGGAAGAGCGUGUUUUCCGCGGUUUACUUUACGGCGAUCGUGUUGGACACUAUGACGCGUCGAGAGGUGGGGAUAUAUGGGAUAUCGGUGAAGCGGAAGAUGACACCCGAGGUAGUACCGAGGGAGAAGACGAUUGGGAAGGAGAGCCUAUACCAUGGGAAGUGGGAGAGCUGUAG